AUGGCUCUAGCGGCUGAUCUGAGUACGCUUAUCGACGCCUUAAUCACUUCUGUCGCUAAGAUAUCACCAAACCACAAGGGGUCUGCACGUGUCCAGAGUCUGAAGCGCCGUGUACAAGGAGCGCUCCGAACUGGUUCUCAUACGCGCACCGACCAGUUUGCAGUCGCCAAGCAACUCGAGGGACUACAGGAAAAGUUUCAAAUCUUGAAUAGAGAUGAACUUGCUGAAGCUCUUCACGCCCGCCUUGCGGAGCUGGAGAGCGACCGGAUGCCCUGGCUUCCAGAGAUUCUGAGUCUCUUAUUGCAACUCUCAGAUCGCCCCGCUCUUUUGUCAACGGUCAAACGUCCGAAGGAACGGGCCAAGGCACCAGAAGCAAAAGAGACUCUUUCUUGGUCGGACCUUGAUGCAGCUGGGACGGCAUUCAGCGACGAAGAAAUUUGGGAACAAGUAGACUUUGCUGGCGACUCAUCAGAUGACGACUUUUCAUCCGUUGCCAGUGAUGUAUCUCUUCCCAAGGACAGACCUCAAUCCGCCACAACAGUGGAUGAAGGGUAUAUCAUUCCAGAUGACGUUUUUGUUUCGGAAGAGGAUGGCGAUCUUGUUGCCUCUAUAGAAAAGGCCCAAUUUUGGAGAGCCGAGAAUCACCAUUCGUUGCCCCAAGCAGAAGCAACCACCUCGCGACUUAUCACAGAAUCCCAGCUUGCUAGGGAGACAAUCUUCAUGCUUCAGGGCCUUCCCACGUCUAUUUACGUGCGCUUGGACGAUGAUUUUGGAGUGGAUCGAAGAUACACACUCGCACAUUCAUCCAACGAAGCCCUGGCAUCGCUUUUGCAGUGUUUCAUUGAGAUAGGCGCCAAGCUCAACGCUGUACGGUAUUUCACCAAGCUUCCACAGACCAUCCCAUAUAUGCAAACGUUUUGCCGGAGCUUAGAAGAGCGUCUCCUUGAAUUUGAUAGAGUCUUAUCUCAAGUUCAGUGCAAAUACCUUUCACCCGGUUCAACUGUCAGUCUCAUCCAGCUUCUUGUUGAUGUUCGUCAGCACUCUCAUGAGCUAGCAUUGCUCGCAGACAUGAUCGCCAAUUUAGAAAGAAACUCAAAUGAUCAACCAAUGUGCUGCCUUGAUUCCUUAUACAACUUAGUAUGCAUGCUGGAAGCCCUUGGCGACGAAAGUUCGUCUCAGCGCCUGGCGGAGCUAUUUUUUAUGUGUUUCAAAACAUAUUCAAGCUCGAUCCGACUCUGGAUGGAAACAGGUCAGGUCGAUGCUUCGGACAGCACUUUCUUCGUGCGAACAAAUCGUGAGAAUGGGGAUCUGCGGACUCUUUGGCAUGACUGGUUUGUGCUUGAUACGGGCCACAGGCAGCAGAGGAUCCCCCAGUUUCUCGAGGCCGGUGUGCAGAAAGUCUUCACUGCAGGAAAGAGCAUGGUAUUUCUCCGCCAUCUAAAUGCGCUACCAGACAUUGAAGCCAUGAAAUUUGAGGACUUCUAUUGCCAGGAUUCUUCAUUAUUACUUCCUUUCCCCGCAUUAGUAGAGUCUGCUUUUGAAAAACUCGUGGAUGUGGACCAUUCACUCAGUGCUAGCUUAUUACGAACUGAACUCGACCAACAAUGCGGACUAUGGACCUCCCUUGAUGCUCUUCAACAUGUCUACCUUGCCAAAGACAUGAGCGCCAUCAGCAUUGUUGACGCAAAAAUCUUUGAGUUGAUCGAUCGGGGUCGUUCCUGGGACGACAGAUUCCUGCUCACUGAGAUAUCAAGGACAGCUUUCAGUUCAAUAUCCGUCAUUGACGUAUCAAGACUCCUUGUGCGGCCUGCUAGUACUUCAUUGCGAGUUUCUCAAAAUGAUCAUCGGACCGUGGGAAUUCUAGAAGCAAUCUCAAUUGAUUAUGGCCUCCCGUGGCCUAUUGCGAACAUAAUCACCGAGGACGCAAUACAGGCAUACCAACGAAUCUCGACCUUCCUGAUGCAGAUCAGGCGCGCUAAAUAUGCCAUUGUGAAACAGCGUAUUCGCGACGCCCGUAUCAUCGCACCUGACGAAAAGGACACAUUGGUACACGCUCUACAUCAUAACAUGCUCUGGGUCCUCGAUCUCAUCUACGGCCAUCUGACCUAUCUCGUAAUAACCACCACAACCCAAUCUCUACACAAAGAUCUAUCUGGCGCACAAGAUGUCGAUGCCAUGAUAGCUGCCCACCAAUCCUACAUGUCCUCUUUGGAAGCCCAGUGUCUUCUUUCUGAAGAUUUAUCACAUAUCCACGAUGCAAUCAUCCAUUUCUUAGAUCUGUGUGUUCAUUUCGCAGAUCUACAAACCGCGCACUUGCUCGGCGAUGAAGACCAAUAUCUGGAGAAUCCGAAGGCGCUGCGCACAAAGAAAAAACCCGAAGAAGAAUUCGAGUCUGAUGAUGAUGAAGAUGAUGAUGAUAACGAGGCCUACGAUCACGAACACACACUCACAGUCUCAUUUCGUGACUCGACCUAUAGCCAGCAGCUGAAAACGGUCAAUUACCAGUUCAACCAUCUAACGACCUUUGUCACGGAUGGCUUGAAAAGUUUAGUUCGUGCAGAUGGGCUGCAAAGUUGGGAUAUUCUUGCCGACAGGCUCGAAUGGCGGCGAAAUUGGCGUAGGCUUUGA